UCGAAGAUAACAACGAACAAAAUAAAAAUGGCAUUUCAUAAAAUUAUAUUUAUUAAUCCAGCUUUCAUCAUUGCUUCGUUGUUUAUGCUCGAAAUGGCUCAAGCAAUACAGGAAUAUCGUGCCUGUGAAAAUUCAUUCCAAUGUACUACAUUCUGUAACAACAAAGGAUUCAAUGAUCGUGUAUGUAAAACGGUGACCGUUGAUGAAAGUCCAAACAUUGAUGGUACUGCGUUAGUCAAUCGUCGUGUUUGCCUCUGCAGUGAAUCAAAAGAAGAAGGAGGCGGAAAUUCAGCAACUGGUGAAUAUUUCAACUAUUGGUUCUCACCUGGUCAUGAAUGUAUCCGUAAUGGUUCUGAUAAACAAUGUAAAGAAUAUUGUAAACGUAUUCGUAUUGAUCCAGAAGUAUGUCAAUGCCGAUUGAGUUCAUGUAAAUUUCCUAAAAAAUACCUGAACGUACCACAAGCAUUGGGACAUUAAUCGAUUCAUGAAAUCAUUACAUUUGAUCAUCAUCAUCAUCAUCAUCAUCACCGUAAGCAUCAAUGAUAAUAAAUCAUCAUCAAUGAUG